UUUACUGUCCCUGCUUCUUUCGCAACAUUUUGCUUUUCACAUACUGUGUGUGGCUUUAAUAAACCAAAAAUAUGGCAGAGUUCAUGAUCCCAACAUCCAAGAACACACAGACAGGAGACAAAAGAAACCAUUCCGUUAUAGAAGGUGACAAUGUUCCUCCAAAUACCAAUGAUUGGAAUAUUGAUGUUAUCAGCAGUGAUUUACAACUAAGUUUCAGAUACGAGGAAGACCCGAGAUCGUUGUUUAUUAUUGGAUAUCAUAGAUUUCUUGGUAGGAAUGUUCAUCACAAAGAGUUCAUGAGAAAACAUUAUUUAAAUCCAGAUGAAGAUUAUCUUGCUAAAGCGAGUUGUCUUCAGUUUGCAUUGGUUGAAUGGGAAAACAUGAUAAACACUGAAGUUAUCAAUGAUGUACAGGCAGUAGAUGUGUUUCAAAUGAAUCACGAGUUACAAAAACCAUUCUUAGACUCUGCUUUUAAUGAAUAUUUAUUGGAAGAAGAUAAAAAGUUUGAAGGCUCAGAACAUUUAGAACAUGUAAAAGAGAAAAAAAAACUACUGCAAGAAAUGUGUCAAAAAAUAUUUACAAAGAUGAAAUUGUUUUCAGAUCAAUUAUUAAAUGUAGUCAGUCAUAAGAAAAGUGCUUCUGAGAGAAUGAUGCAGGAUUUAUUCCUGUCCUUUGUAAAGAUAUUUGAUCUAACAAUUUUUGAUACAACACAUUCACCAAACAUUGGCUAUCAUUUUCAUAAUGGAAAAAAUGUAAUACAAUCAGAGCCAGAUGCAGUAAUUUUAAGCAAUAAACUAACGCCAGAGAUGGAAAUAGAAUCCAAAGUUAUAGCCGUAGUGAAGGUAAGAAAAAACUACAGUAACACCAGAAGAGAUGAACCACCAGAUAAGAAAAUGAAGGUCAGACCUGAUGCUUGGGAUAAAAUGACUGGAAAGAUUGCUGCUGAACACGUAGAUCCUUUAUUGAAAUGUCAACAUAUUGGGGAAAUGUUAGCAGUUGCUGAAUCCUCAUCUAUUUUUGGACAAAAUGGAGUUUUUGGUUUCAUUGUUCAAGGAACAAAGGUUACCUUAGUAUCUCUAGAAACUAAAACAGAAUACUUUGAAUAUCUAAAGACAAAAGAUAAAUCAAAAUUGUUUGAAGCGGAAGUCACUUACAGUAAAGAAUGUAACUUUUUAUCAAAGAAUGGAAGGAAAGAGUUAAUUCCAAUACUUUUGGGAAUGGAAAAGUUAGUGAAACUCUAAAUGAAAAUAAGAGAUUAAAAUCACUUCUCUAGGAGUUGAUGUUGAAUGACUGAAAAAAUGCUUUUUGCACACCACCAAGGUACGGUUAGUUUUCAUACUAAAGGAUAAAAUAUAGCAAAACGUUAGUUUUGUUUACAACAUGAUUAUUUAGCUGUGUAAAGGAAGACAGUGGAUAGCAUGGAUAGUGACAUGAAAAUUUGCUUAAACUGAAUAAAUUAAAUGGAAAUGUGAACAUGAGUAUAUGAUUAUAUGACGAAAAAAUUAUGAAUAAUGAAAACAAAAAGGUUUAACAACAUUUCUUCAUAUUCUUUAAAGGACGCAAUGAAAAAGAGGAAAAUCAGAGAAUAUGGUGCAUCACAAUAAAAAUAUAUGUUUAACAAUUGUUUUUUUGUAUUGCUGAAUGUUGCAUUUUGACUGACUGAUUUUUGUUUUGUCAAUUAUAAUUUAUACAUUAUGAAUUUGUAAAUAAUGUAAGCAAAGAGAAAAGAGGUCUUUUAUUUAUGUAGAGAGAACUUUAUAUAGAAAAAUUGAUCAGCAAGACAAGAUCUAAAAAUAAUUCAACAUGCCUGAAAUCGUCAGAAGACUCUUUACCAUUAUUAUUUAAUUUUUGCCAUUCUAAAAAAAAAGAAGUUAUGUAACAAAAGUGACCAGCAAGCAAAGUUCUACAAAUGAGUUAUAUUUUACUUCCUUUAGAAAAGCAAUUAUAAGAUUUCUUUUACCUCUUUUAUGUUUAUAGUAAAAGUUAAAGAGGAUAGAUUAUACAAACUGAUAACAGAAAAUUAUCAGCUAUACAAGAUCAGAAUAAAAUAAACUCAUUGUUGAAGGCCGUACGGUGACCUAUAGUUGUUAAUGUUUGUGUCAUUUUGGUCUUUUGUUGAUAGUUGUCUCAUUGGCAAUAAUACCACAUCUUUUUUUAUAUUGUUGAAGAGGCACAUAG